AUGCUGCAAACUACUGCUUGGUUGGUUUCUCUCCUUGCUGUGGCAAACGCAGGAGAAACUAUCAAACCCACUACAACACCCUCUGCAAACUGUCAGCAAGCAUGUGCCCAACUCUCCACAAUCUUCGGAUCUGCGGUCCACUACCCUCCUGACGAUAAUUUCCAGGAGGUUCACCCAUCCUGUCGCAUUGAGCCGAGCAAUGCCUCCGAUGUAGCCAAAUUAUUGAACGUCCUCGUUGAUCACUGGUGCUACUUUUCAGUAAAGGGUGGCGGCCACUCUCGGAAUGCGGGAGAUUCCAAUUCUGUGGGGGGUGUUACUGUGGAUCUAGACCUCUUGACACAGGUUGAGGUCCUGGAUAAUGGCACCAAGGCACGUAUUGGUGGUGGUGCAACUAGCAUCCAAGCGUAUCAGGCUCUGGAAUCUCACAAUUUGUCCUAUGUUGGUGGGAGAGUCGCCAGUGUGGGUCUUGGUGGAUUCACACUCGGUGGAGGAACAUCCCCAUUCUCAAACAAGUACGGAUGGGCGUUGGAUAACGUUUUCGAAUAUGAGGUCGUCCUCGCCAAUGGUACGAUUACUACCGCCUCCGAGACUCAUAAUAAGGAUCUUUAUUUCGCUCUUCGGGGAGGAGGCAAUAACUUCGCCAUUGUUACGGCCUUCACGGUCCGCACAUUUGCCCAAGGCCCCGUCUUCACCGGACAGACAUCCUACUCUCCAAAUCAAACCGAGCAAGUACUGGACAAGAUCUACGACUUAUUCACAGAUAGAGAUCUCACCAAUGACGUCGACAUGGGCUAUGAUCUAUACUAUGGCUACUCCUCAGGCAGUGAAGACUUCACAUUGAUGGGCACUCAGCGCUACGCGAAGCCAAUUGAGAACCCGCCGGUCUUCCGCGAAAUUGACCAGAUCCCUACAUUGAGCAGGUCUACGAGCAUACGAUCCAUGAGCAGUGUGUCGAAUGGCUCUAUUUCAAUGGGUACAACUCGAAACUUAUUCGCUACCUUGACCGUGGCGCCAUCCCGCCCCCUGCUCUCACAAGGUCUCGAGAUAUUCCGACAGGAGGUGGAAGCUAUCAAGGCCGUGCCCGGCAUAAGGACCAAUUUCAUUAGCUAUCCGAUGCAAAGGACUGCCAUCGCGGCCAUGAAGCAAAGAGGCGGUAAUGCUCUUGGUAUUGAUCUCGAGCGUGACGAACCUCUCUUUAUUAUUUUGCUCUCCACAGCCUGGUCGGAUGCAGCCGAUGAUGCAGCAGUUAACAAGAUGACCGCAAAUGCCAUUCGCAGGAUUGAGUCGGCGGCCCAGGAUCUGGGUGUGGCGAACCGGUAUAAAUAUAUCAACUACGCAUCGGCCCAGCAAGCCAGCUCGGUGUUCCCCGGUUAUGGUGAAGAGAACUUCCAAAGACUCAAGGAGAUCCAGAAGGCGGUGGAUCCUCGUGGAAUUUUCACCUCCAAGGGUCUAUGGAGUGGAUUUGUCAAACUGCUUUAG